AUGCGCUUCUUUCCAAGUAGAGGGACGAGGAGGCUUGGGAGUUUGAGCGUCUUCUUUGCGCUUGGAUCUUUUGUAUGGGGGUACAAUAUCGGAAUCAUUGCCACACUCUACGUGAACAGCGGCUGGAUCAAAGCCCUGCACAAGCCCAACGCCGCGCAGAAGGGGUUGAUCACUGCGAUAUACUACCUGGGGACAUGGCUCAGCUAUGUCUUCCUAUCCCACCCACUCAGCGAUCGUUUGGGGAGAAGAUACGCUGGUAUGGUGGGAGCAGUCGUGUCAUGCAUUGGAGGAGCUGUACAGACAGGAGCACACGGGGAAACAGCUUUUGCAAUGAUGAUCAUUGGGAGAAUCAUCUCGGGGUUGGGGAAUGCAGUUAUCUCUACCUCUGUUCCGUUAUACCAAAGUGAAAUAGCUCCUGCAAGAAGAAGAGGUGGAGUUGUUGUGUUGAACCAUAUCGGUAUGGUCAGUGGUUUGGCUGUUGCUUUCUGGGUGGGGUAUGGAGUUUCACAUUGGACGACCAAAACUGGUAUCUUUGAAGGAUGGCGUCUUUCGAUUGCCAUUCAGUUCAUCCCCGCUUUAUUCUUCGUCAUCGGUUUGCCUUUCGUCCCGGAUACCCCCCGCUGGCUCCUCGAGAAGAAUCGCCCAGAAGACGCCCACAAAGCUCUCAUCUAUCUCCGCGGCGCCGAAGACAGUCCCGAGGACAUCGAGCCUGAGCUCCAGGAAAUCAAGGCAAAUGUUGAAUUCCACAACUCCAUCACCGAAGCCUCAUGGUUCACCCUGUUCACUGACAGCGACCUGCGUGCUCGUCUUUGGAGGGGAGCACUAUUGCAAUUCAUGGCGCAAAUGUGCGGCGCAACGGCAAUCAAGUACUACCUCCCUACCGUCUUCCUCGCUCUUGGUCUGUCAAAGGAUCUGAGCUUGAUGGCUAGCGGCAUUGAGAGUACCUUGAAGAUCGGAUGCACGAUUAUCGAGAUGUUGAUUAUUGAUAAGCUUGGACGGAAGAAGACUCUGCUAUUGGGAACGGCAAUUAUGUCUCUUUCGAUGAUUGUCAACGGCUCCCUUCCCUUGGCCUACCCGAACAACAAGAACCACGCUUCAGACUACACCUGCAUAGUCUUCAUCUUCUUCUUCUCCUUUGGCUACUCCAUCGGCUUCGGGCCCAACGCAUGGGUUUAUGGCACAGAGAUCUUUCCAACCUACAUCCGUGCAAAGGGCAUAAACAUCUGCGCCUCCGCCGGCGCCAUCGGCUCCAUCGUCGUCGGUCAGUUCUUCCCCGUUGGCAUCCAGAACAUUGGCUCCAAAACCUACUUCGUCUUCUUCUGCAUCAAUAUUUCAGCUAUGGUCAUCAUACUUAUCUGGUAUCCCGAAACCAAGGGCAAGACGCUCGAGGAAAUGGACGGUCUGUUUGGCAAAUUGAUUGGCGGGAGUGAUGUGGAGCGCGGGGAUAAUGGGCACAAGGGGCAGGAUGAGGGGGAGGAAGGGGCCGUUGAGCAGCAUGCUGUGGAAGUUGAUGCUGGGAAACGAUGA